CAGAGUGAACAUUGCCAUCCGAACAAGAUGGGUUACUGUACACCUCAAGCUCCUUAUUAUGGUUUUCUUGAUCACGGUUGCGCUGUUUAUGGUGGUAUAUUUCGUAAAAAUAGUGAUUUUAAUGGAAGCAGCGGAGUUGGAAGUAAAACUCUCUAUGUACCUCAGUAUAAUCUGGCAUACCACUGGCAAAGGCCUUACAUGGUUGCACACACAAUUGGGUACCCAUUACUGCUAUUACAUGGUUCUAAAUUUUCGUCGCACGGCCAAAAGAAUGGUCCACCUGAGCAAUGGAAUUUUGAUAUAAAUGAAUCCGAAACAAAAAAUCGAAAUUUACUUACUGGUACUUUUGACGAAGAAUUAGAUGAAAUGGUUCUGUGGGCUGUUAAUGAACAGUCAUCAAGAAAAACGAUAACUGAAUUUCGCAUUAAUGUGGAUGAAGAUGGACUUGUUCAAUGGAAUUUAUUUUCAAAGGAUAAUCAACAGCAAUCUCGUUUAAAACCUUUUUCUUCUUUGAAAGUACCUUCUGCAUUAUAUGAAUUGCGGAGCUGGAAACUUCUGAAUAAACAUCGAAUACUAGCGAGAGGCGAAGAAGAUUUUUAUAUUUGCGAUACCUGCCAUGGUUCCAUAGUUUCAAUGUUUGGUAGAGACGUGCAAAAUUUUGAUACAAUACAUUAUAUGGAUGGAGAAUUGGUCGUUUUGGAUAAUAGUGGUAUUCUCUGGCAUGGCGAUCUCGAACAUAUACCUAUUUUUCGCAAAAGGAAUAAUUUCAGAUUUGUGUUGGUUGAUGAAAGAAUGCGUGGUACAAAUUAUCUAGAAUUGGCACAUUCUAUUAUUGGUGGCAGCGACUUUAUAUAUUCAGCACCGCGGUUUCUUGACCCUCGAAAUUCGGGACAAAUUUUCCCAUUUUAUGCAAUGCGUCACACAUCAGAUCCUGGCCUUUUCAGUUUUUCUUUGUAUCGUCAUUCAAGUGGUCAUUGGUCAUCUCUAUGUCCAAUAAAACGAGAAGUUGAACCGAAAUAUAAUAUUAAUAUUUCGAAAGAAACUGAACAACGCUUUUUGAAUUUCGGAUGUACGAGAGCUAUUCAUGUACAAGACUCUUCCAAUCAGCAAUGUCAUACUCUCUUUCAAAUGACAAAUGAUGGAAGUAUAUGGUGUUCUACUUUGAAAGUCGUCGAUGAUUCUGAUGUUGAAGAUAAGACAACGAGACAAUCACUUUCUUUGUUGCAUUGCCCAGAAUAUGCCUACGGAUUUCGAGGCUCUUUGAGUGCUGCAGCACGCAAUUUUCCUUCUUCUAUAGAAAGAGCAUCGCAAAAUUCUUAUAAGUCUGGUUCUUUGUGGUGUAUAUAUGAUAGUGCGCACAUAUCGCAAACGUAUGUUGCUUUAUGUUCAUUAUUGAUCUUGGGUGAUGAUUUGGCUAAUGUUGAUAGAGAAGCAGUGCUAAAAGGUGUCGCAUCUUGUCAGAUGAAGGAUGGCAGUUUUUGUGCUCAGAAAGAUACUGAAAACGAUAUGCGAUUUGUAUAUUGUGCUGUUGCAAUUUGUUAUAUUUUAAAUGAUUUUAAUAAAAUUGAUGUUAAACGAAUGCUUAAUUUCAUACGACGAAGUAUAAAUUACGAUGGUGGAAUCGGACAGGGACCUUCAUUAGAAAGUCAUGGUGGAUCCACUUAUUGUGCUAUUGCUUCAUUGAUGAUGACCGGUCAUCUUUGGGAUCAAAGUGUUUUAAGCUAUAAACAAAUUGAGCGAUUGAAGAAAUGGAUAUUGGCUAAGCAGGAUGUAGGAUUCCAUGGUCGAGCAAACAAAGCUGAUGAUAGUUGUUAUGCGUUUUGGUUGGGAGCAACUUUAAAGAUGUUAGACGCAGAAUCACUUGUUGAUUUGGGCUCAUUGCGAGAUUUUUUAAUAUCUACUCAAGAUGAAAAUUCAGGUGGUUUUGCCAAGUAUGCAGAUUCUCUUCCAGAUCCACUUCAUACAUACUUCAGCCUUGCAGCAUUAAGUAUAUUUCACGAGCCGCUUCUUCGACCAAUGUUUCCGGCAUUAGAUAUCACUGUUGAAUCGUAUGAACGGUUAAUUCACAGUCGAUGA